AUGGGCUGUAAGAGUGCCACUGCGGGUGAUUCUGACCGUUAUGAAGCUGCGGAGGUGCAGAGCAUGGUCAAGCUCGAGGAGCUGGGUUCAUGCUGCGUGUACUUCCAGCUGCCGUGGAGCUUGAAAAUGCCGCUUAUGGCCCACGGCAUAUGUACAGACUCAAAUUUCGCAACUAUAGGCUCUGCGGCAGUUAUCUCAUCCUCAGCAUCUGCGUUGCCGAACUAUUGA